CCUAAGCGCAUACAAGGCCGUUUAUCGCAGUUGUAUGGCUUGCUGUCGCUGACCCGGGGACCGAUCUGCAAUCGUAAACACAAACGAGUGUGUGCCGCGACUGACGGCGCCGGGGGUAGCGCCGCCGUUAAUUCCCUUAGGUCAGUACGCCGGAGAGUCUUAACGGUUUCGGGCGGCGCGGACCCCGCCACGCACGAGAUCUUGGUGGUAGGACGCCACGCCAACCCCCGUCUUAUCGAGAAAGUGGGAUCGAGAAUUGUACAUCAAACUGCACAUCGUACUACGAGCCUAAACAUUCAACGCAAAUGAGUUCAUCUAUAUCCCGAGUUAUAUUUAACAACAAAUGCCCAGCCUGUAAGAAGUUGUAUACCAGGCACCACAGGUCUUGUGGCACGCAGUCGCAUCGGAGAAAUCGCAACAACAAAGUCGCAGACGGUCUGCAAUCCGACGACUUAAGCACCCCCUCCGGCAGUUCCCCACGUUUUGAUGGCACGCACGAGGCUGAUUACCAGCCUCAUGGGGGAAGUGACAGCGUGCUGGUUGGAGAAAGAGGAGAUAAUAUCCGGCCGCCGGCAGGCAAGCUCAUUGAGAUCAGGAGCUCUUCCUCUCCUGGGACCCACGGAGGGACUGCCGCCUGUCAGACAGUUGCGCGGGCUGCUUCCAUCCCGUACGACAAAGGUGGACCGCUUUCACGGGUUCCAUCCGACGGACUAGGACUUGGACUUUUGGACUGGCGUUUUAUAGUCACAAUACUUCCUGCCGACCAGCCCUCGUAUGUAUCCCCUUUACGCCAUGCGAGUGAUUACUUACCUCGCAACAGAACCUGUGUAUGGAAUCGGCACCGCCUUUCCCAGCAUCUCCUGGAGGCAUCCCACGAUGCCUCAUUGUUGCUCAGCGACAAGCAGAAGGCCGCCGAACUAGCUAAUAAGCUGGUCGAUAGGAAUGACUAUCAACUUCAAGCCAAGGUCACCUACCGAUGUAGUGUAUUACUACGUCUCAAAGGCGAUAUCAAAGGAUCGGAGGGAAUCAUCCGAUCUUUCUUUUCGAUGGCGAGUUCAGUGAUCGACACCGUGGCGGAAGAAGACCUUGCUCGGCUUUACCUUUCACAGGCGAACAACUAUGCCUACCAUCUUAUGUUUGAGAAUGCACACGAAGAGAUGCGAAGAGUCCGAAGUUGGGUACGCCACGAGGAAUCGUCCCUGCUCUGGGAGCACAUACUCUGCGUUGGCCGAGUUAUGCGGGGAGACGGGGAUUUUGUGGGCAGCCGAGCUGUCGGAGAAGAAGCCCGAUGCUGCCCCCGUGGACAUGGAUGGUGUGAUGAACGCGGCGCAGCUGGAGGCUUUCCAGUUGCUGCAGGAGAUUGAGCGGGAGAGGAGAUCUAAGGGGAGACGUGGCACGAAGAAGGAUGGACAGGAGGACGAAGAGUAGAGGGGUUUGAGAUGGGAGGAGGGAGAAUUGAAUUCAGCGGUUGAGGCUGUACGUAUACCAUGUAUAUCAAUUGGUGUAAGAUAAAG